AUGGCGCCGCCGUCGAGGGACUACUGGCUCGGCUUCUUCCGCGGCGCGGGGGACAACAUCUUCGACGCCAUCGACGCGGCCAUAACCGUCGCCGCGUCCGACCACCCGGCCGCCCUCCGGGAGCGCCGCGACGGCAUCGCCGAGCGCCUCUUCACCGCGCUCCUGGUGACCGGCGCCGCGGCGGCGGCCGCGGGGGCGGCGGCGGCGGCGGCUGGCCAGGGAGGAGCCGCGGGGGGAACCCCCGUGGCCGGGGCGCCCACGCCGGCGCAGCUCCACCCCGAGGGCGCCGCUAGCGUGCCCAGCCUCUGCAGCUCCGACCGCGCCGAGGCCAUCACCGACGACGGCGCGCCGCGCUGCGACGAUCCUGUCCUCGCCGAGACGGAGCGCAUCAAGGCCGUCCUCCUCAACGACCAAGAAAAGUCGGAGUCCGAGUUGCUGGAGCUACUCCGGCGGCUGCAGGAGCUGGACCUCGCGUUUGACACCUUGGAUGUCACUGCGAUUGGCAAAGCAGUUGCCAACUUCCGGAAGCACAGCUCCAAGCAGAUUCGGAAUCUCGUGAGAUCGCUCAUCGAAGACUGGAAACACACAGUUGACGUGUGGAUUGCUCGCCGCAGAGAGGCUGUUGUAGAUCAAACACCUCAGUCCAUGGGUCCUUCCAGCUUGGGGCAGGAGGAUCGAGGGGCGGCUUCCACCCACAUGGAUGAAGGUGACCUCCUUGCAACGCCAAGCACUACAAUUCGGCUGUCCGAGGAAAACCCAGGUUCCAAGUUCUCUGAUGGAAUGGAUGGUGAUGGAAGCGUCAUGAACAAUGCCAGUACGGAUUUUGGUCAGCGGUAUCCAAUGAACCAAGAACCAGUUAGAAGGCCUCCGCCAAUGGGCCAGCGGUAUGAUCCAGAGCCAUACUGGAGGCAAGAACAAUCUGCGCUGAGGCAGUCUCGGCCGCAGGAACUGAGCAACGGGCAGACAAAAGAGCAGUUUGUCACGGAGAUGCUUGCUAGACCCUCAAAUGUGGAGUCAGGCCCUGGGAGACCGCUGGCAAGGCCUAGGCAGCAUCAGGACGCCUCACCAGCUCAGGGCAGGUCGCAGUCGGCUGUGUCUGAGAAACCGGUGGCUCAACUUGACGCGAACUCUGUCCGAGCAAAGCUAGAACUCGCAAAGAAUGCGAAGCUAGAGGCGACGAAGAGAAAGCUUCAGGAAGGCUACCAAGAAUUUGAUAACGCAAAGAAGCAGAGAAACAUACAAAUGGUGGAUCCGCAAAAUCUGCCCAAGCAAGGGAACAACAACCGGAAUUUCCAGCCUAGUGGCAAGCCAAGGAAUAACAGCAACACCAAUAGCAACAGGAAUUGGUCAAGAUGA